UGCUCCCUCCCACUUUGUCAGGAAAGAAAAAAACCGCUAUGUAGCUAAACUGCUUAUGGAAAGACACGCAACAUGGUAGCGACUAUCGUUAUUUUUUAAUAUGAUUUAUAACCACAGUGCGGUAUAGCAUAAAACCGACGUGAAGAUGAAAGUGAGAUAACUAACGUAUAUCUGUCGUUAACGUUAGAAAUGGAGAAGCAGCCGCGUCUGUUGUGUUCCGAGCUCUGUGUUCAGCGCAGACCUUAUGAGGUCAUAUUAAAUUGCGCGAUUCUCGCUUGGAAAGAGACACAGACCACCAAAAAACAAGCCGGGCGCGCAAUAUAUGGAGCUGUCAAAGCUGGUAGUCAUUGUGUCCCAGUGUGUGAGAUCAUAGCUGUUCAAGAAAAUGAUGAUGACUCUCCCAGUAAGUACAGUGGGAAAUGGCAGAAGGUUCCUCAAAGUCCAGUGGACUCCCAACAGCACGCUUUCACAGUUACGUACGUGGAGAGGACGAGGCAGCACUGCUGGCGGUGCAGCGACGUGACUUUUCACUGCCCUGAGCGGGCCCUGUGUUUGCUCUGGGUCGAAACUAUUAGAGAACAGCUAGCGUUGUUAACCAAUCGACCGAAGCACUUGCUGGUGUACAUUAACCCCUACGGAGGAAAACAACGCGGGAAGCAGAUUUACGACCACAAAGUGGCCCCCAUCUUUUCCCGGGCUUCUAUUUCCACCAAUGUGAUUGUUACAGAGCAUGCAAAUCAUGCCAAGGACCACUUGAAGACAGAGGCUGAUCUAAAGAAGUAUGACGGUGUGGUGUGUGUCGGGGGAGAUGGCAUGUUCAGUGAGAUCAUGCAUGGCCUCGUGUCUCGUACGCAAAGUGACAAAGGUGUCGACGAGAACUCUAUGGAGGAGACACUUAUUCCAUGUGGACUUCGCAUUGGCAUCAUUCCAGCAGGUUCGACUGAUUGUAUAUGCUAUGCCACCGUGGGCUCAAAUGACCCCGUCACCUCAGCACUGCACAUCGUUGUGGGUGAUUCUCAGCCAAUGGACGUUUGUUCGGUGCACAAUAACGACACCUUUCUGCGUUACUCUGUGUCACUGCUGGGCUAUGGUUUCUACGGAGAUGUGCUGACAGACAGCGAAAGGAAACGCUGGAUGGGGCCGGCCCGCUACGAUAUCUCAGGUAUUAAAACAUUUCUGUCACAUCGCUACUACGAGGGAGCUGUGUCAUUUCUACCUGCUGAAGGGAAUUUGGGAACUCCCAGAGAUAAAAUCCAGUGCCGAUCUGGGUGUAGUAUCUGUCGGCAAUCCUCGUCUGACAAACUGGUGAGCAAAGAUGAAGACAAUGUUCCUGAUGCUGAGCGUCAGGACAAAUGGACAGUAAUUAGAGGGAAGUUUCUGGCCAUCAACGCAGCCAGCAUGAGUUGCGCAUGUCCUCGCAGUCCCAAAGGCCUGUCGCCAUCGGCACACCUCGCAGACGGAACCACUGACCUCAUCCUAGUCAGGAAAUGCUCGCGCUUAGACUUCCUACGACAUCUUCUGCGACACACCAAUAAAGAUGAUCAGUUUGAUCACUCUUUUGUGGAGGUAUACCGGGUCAAACAGUUCCACUUUACACCGCGAUAUGAGGAGUGUGAUUCUGAGGUGGAUCUGAGAGAGAGUGGUGUUGGAGGCAAGCGUUUCCUCAGUCAGAUCUGCAGGGAACACCGAGCCUGCGGCUGCAUGCCAGCCCAGAGUAACUGGAACUGUGAUGGAGAAAUCCUCCCUCAUUCUGCCAUUCAAGUCAGGGUCCAUUGUCAGCUGAUUACACUGUUUGCAAGAGGUAUCGAAGAGCAUUCGGUGUUUGAGGACCCGUACGCGCUCUGUGCAAUAUAGAUCGCCGUGACUUCACCCGAGAAACCUCCUGCUGCAUUGUGAAGAAUCGAGGCUUCAAACCGAAAAGUCCUUUUCAGCUAAGCAUAAUGUCACGCUGUUUCUUGUGCUGUUAUACUUAGAUACUCUAUACAAAGUAAAAGAACUUCAUGCAGAGCUAGAGAGAAUAGCAUCUUUAUGGUGUCUUCAUGCUGGCUGUAAAGCAGUAUUAGAUCUAGAAAUAAUAGGGUUAGCUGAAUUACCUGCAGUAGGCAUUACUAUCGCUCUGCUGGUUAUAUAUCCUGCUGUGCAACAAAUGUCUUCCACCAAUCAAGCUGGUCUUGAGAGUAGGAUUAGUUCAGUCCAAACUAAAAUUUUCAUCCUUAUAAACAUUCCUUCUGGUAGCACCUUAAUAUUUUUCUUUCUAGGCUGGGGUUUUAGUUUUGUUGAAAGGUUUAUUUUCUUGAAAAUGUACAAUUGUCAUUUAUUUACCCUCUUGUUUUUCCAAACCAGUAUGACUGGCUUUGUUUUACAGAGUGCUUGUCCCGAUAUUAAAAAUGUGCACAUGUUGUUGGGCUCACUAGCCAACAUUUAAAGUGAAUCAAACUUUUUGGUAAAGUUCUUGUCUUUGAUGGACUUUCUUGAUCCACUUCAAAUGUUGAUUAGUGUAAAAAAAAUAAUAAAUGAUCUGUUGACUUGUGUGUCCAAUUCAAGUCUUCUGAAACCAUUCAUUAUUAUAUGGAAAACAGUAGAAUUGACAUUUUUAUAAAUCAUCUCUAUUUGGAAUAAAGGAAGACACCACCGUUUUUCAAUAUUUUAUUAUGUUCUUCCCUCAACUUAGAUGAAUUAAUACAUACCUAUCUUUUUUCAAUGU